CACAGUUCUACCUCCGCAAUCGUCAACCUAUUGGUAUUCGUUCUCAUCCACCAAUAAUGCCUCCGCGGCUCAGAGUCGCCCGUACUGCGUUCAAGUCUAUACGGUGGUUUCAGGUGCCCGAUACAUUCGUAUGCCCAUCCUGCUCAACCUGGCGCCUGUCAUACCCGCUCCGACGACAACGCGCAUCGCUUUUCCGGACCUACAUACGCAGCUAUGCGUCGACUAUUAGCUCGGCGACUACGAUAAAUGGAUCGGCGCAUAUACCACCAGCUCAUAAAGAGCUAUAUGAGGCUUUAGAUGUGGUAAAGAGCGAGGCGGGAAGCUAUGUGAACCUGAGCAGAUUGCAGCUUGCGUUAAAUGGGCUCGCGGCGAGAGAUGCGGUCAUACGAAUUGCUGUGCUCUCUAUUGGGGAUUCGGGCAUAGCGAGGCGCCUGGUGAAGGCGCUUCUUGCGGACCCGCUGGCCGAGGUAGAGGCCUGGGAGAAGGAGCUCGAGAAUGGAGGGGAUGGGCGAGCGCUAUUAUUGCGAUACGGCGAAGAAGAUAGCGCAUUUCUGAAUGAUAACCCUCUUGUCAAGACGAUACAUAUACCAUCUACAAGCCUACAACGGCAUAACCUGGAGAUCUUGGUCACAUCUCUGAACAUUGAUCCCUCUAGUACCAGCCGAUCACUCGCCACAGAUAGUCCCCGCGAUGCGUUUCUGAUACCUACCAUACAAAUUCCUACAUCUUUCUCUGGUCGGCAGACAUUGGUCACAUAUCCUGUUCACAAGGCUGUUGUGGUUGGAAGGGGUAUUGAGAGCGCUGUGGCAUACGGCAGCUUCAUGGCAGGUCAUCAUGAUGAUCAAGCGGAUCGCGAUAUGUUGAAGGUCGCGAUUGACAUACCAGCUCCUGAAACAGAAACAACAGAGAAAACAUCUGCGCUCGCAUGCAGUGUUGACAUCCAAUUAGCUGAUGCGGCGAUAUCCACAUUCCGUAAAUCAGUAGCGAACUCUAUAGCCUAUGAGAAAGGCUGGUUCAGGAGCGGACUUGCUCCACUCCAGAAAUGGCUUGUAGAGGGCUCUGAAACGCCAACUACGUCCAUCAAACCUGCUCUAGUAAAACUUCUCAAAUCUACGUUGGAUGAAUCGAAAACGAAUGUUGCCAUGGAGGAGAGCCAGUAUCAGUCCAAACUUCUAUCAGCAUCCGUUCCCGCCGCCACCAAAACCUCAAUCUCUACCAGCAUUACCACCUGGGCCGAACACUCACACCGCGAGCUGCGCAACGAGCUGGAUGAGGCCUUCACCAGCCACCAAUGGCGUAGGAUUUCAUGGUGGAAACUAUUCUUCCGCGUUGAUGAUGUGACAAUGAUCACAUCUGAUGUUCUCGAGCGUAGAUGGUUGCUUAGUGCCGAGAAGGCUCUUAUAUUCAUAGGCGGUCGCCUUAAAGAAGCUGGAUAUUCGUUGGAUGCAGCAGAGAUAAGGAUGACAACGAGCUCCGCCCUGCCUGAUCUUAUGGAGGCAAGAUCGGAAAAGACUACUUCGGACACUAAUGCUGAGAGCAUAAUUGGCCGCGAAGGUGGCGCUGAAAAGGCGGCAUUAGAGAACACCACACACAAUCUGACAUCAAGGCACAAGGACCUACCAUCCUUUAUCCGGCUCACUCGCGAGCAUCUCCUCAACGACACUAUUCCCCCUCUACAAGCACUUGCCCAAUUGCUAGUGCUUCAGACAUACUCAACAGCAGGUCUGAUGUCAGCACUGGCAGGACUAACCUACGUGGCGUCGCCAGCAUGGUCACCCGAAGCUGGAGCAAUUGCAGCCCUGGGCGUGGUGUACUCUCUGCGCCGACUACAGAGGCGAUGGGAAGGCGCGAGGGAGUACUGGGAGGCCGACGUGCGAGAGCAGGCGCGGAAAGCGCUCAAGGCGUCCGAGGAGAUGGCGAGGGGCCGUGUCGAGGAGUUGAGCCGGCCGAAGACAGACUUGGAGGGUGUCGAGGCGAGGAAGAAAGUCCGGGAGGUGAUUGAGAGGGCGAGAAAAGUUCUCGAGAAGGUUGUGAAAGGAUAGAUGUGACGAGUGGUGUCGCAAAGUGUAUAUAUAAAUAUUGGACUGCCUCGCACUCAGGGGAAUAUCAAGGUCAUGCCCGUUUCGCACGCAACUAUUCGUGAUAUGGUGCCUCCGCGUUUGGUGCUCCCUCACUGUAGUUUUAGAACUCAUUCUCUG